AUGGCAUGUCCUGAGUAUGAAGGGGAGUUGAUGAAAGCAUUGGGCCAGUGUAAGCCAUCUAAUGUUAUCAAGAAUAAAGCCUUGCUCGAAUGUUUCCGUCAAUUCAUAAAAAGGGGGACUGUACUCGAGUGGUGUGAGAUUCUUCCAGAGAGUUUUGAGGCUCGCAAUGUGUUUACGGCUAUCCAACAGCUCCGGGCGCCGGUCCGCGCCGAUGUAGCCACGCAACAGCCACAACAGCCACGUGACACCCCUAAACCGCCAAGCGAACAGUACUUCGAGAAGUUCAUUCCAAAUAAACGGAGGUUGGAAAGAUUAUGCAGAAUUGCCGAACGCAUGACUGCCGUUGAGACAACGACACAGAUAUGCAAAGACCGUGAAGACCUCGUUCCAGCCGAUCCGAUCGUGCAGGCAAAGGCGAUGUACCGAAGAAUAGAGCAACCUGUGAAUCAAAGGGACCCACUGUAUCGGCAGCACGUUAUUCUUUUUGGAGAUGCAGUCGACCGAGACGCAGCUUUGCGGCCAGUGGAACUCUCAAGAGGGCAAGACCGCAAAACCGCCGCUUUCGAAGCGAUCGCUGAAGGACUUAACAUCGAAAAGAAAAAGGUGGCUAAGAGAUACACUCACUCUCGCCUUUACUUGAAACUUGCAGAAAUUGGAGGGCCAGGUUCUCUUCAUUCAAUGGAUAGCCCUAAGUGGGACAUGGAAAACAACAAUGAAGAAGACUUAAAGUUGCUCUGCAAUUACAGAAAAGAACAGCUACCAACGGUGGAAAUGCGAUCACAGGCGCUCGAUUUCGUGGUAGUCAAAGGUUUUAUCCAGAAUCUCCUGGCUCAAGGGGCAGAGCCAGCCGAGAUUGCAGCAGGCCGCACCGCUUUAGCAAAAUUAAUUUGUCGUCAUGUGGGAAUCGAAAGGUUUGUACAGGAUGGCACUAUACUUCCAGCACGCACGAGCGUGUGCAACGACGAACAGCCCCGGCGUACGUUGUCACGAUCUCCUGCAAGACCUGGAUCCAGAAUGAAUGUCACAACGCCUCCCCAUACCAUUUCUUUCGAUUCGCAAAGACCAGUACCAUUCUACCAUGCUCUACAAAGUCACCAACCAUAUCUUGCUGCGGAGACACGCACGAAUACAGCCAAACGACGGAGGAUCUCUAGGGAUGAAAGCUUACAAAACCUAACAGAGUCAGACAGCAUACAAGAAAACGAGAAGACAUGCUUUACGCCUCGUUCACAAGCUUCGCAACUUACUGCUGGGACAAGAACCUAUGAUCAGGGAGAUCAUCAAAUUGAAGAAACCCCAAAUGCCCUUCAGUCAUUGGGAAACGGUAACGAAAACUACUUAGAGGCUACUGCUGUCGAACUGCGCCAGCAACCAUCCUUAUACAUCAGUUCAUUUCAAGAUGAGCAGUCUUCACACACUUUUCGAGGCCUGGAGUACGGACCGGGAUCAUCGUCAAAUACUUUAAAUGGGGUAUUGAAUCAAUUCUGUCCAUCAGAGAAUGAAGACUCAAUGGGGAAGGCAAACGGUGCACUGAGCUCCAGUGAUGUCAGGGAGGAAGAAGAUCAAGAUGACAGCGAAUUACCUUCAGUGGUGGUCAGGGAUCUUCGCAUUGGGGAGGAGCGUUUAGGAGAUCUCGAUUUGUUUACUCACUACUACUAA